AUGGUAGCACUCGGCGCUUUUCCGGCCGCCAAGCUUGGUGCUUUACUAUUGCGCCAAGUAAGUAAACCGAUUGCUAAUUUUGUUAAAGAACGAGCGAAACAAUCUCCGGUAUUUCGGUCGUAUGUAUGCAUGCCACCGGCUCAAUUUUACAAUUGGUGCGAGGUUAAAAUGAAGAUGUAUUUCAUGAAUCUUGGUACCGCAGGAAAAGUCAAACCUUUAAGUGAAACUAUGGCCAUCGAACUUGGAUCAAAUUUACUAGGUGAAGGUAUUAUAUUUGUUGUUGCUGCGGCAUUACUAUUGUUGGAAUAUAAUAGGCAAGUACGUAAAGAACAAGCCAAAGAAGAAGUACGUUUACAAGAACAGGAAGAUUUAACCAAUGCCUUAAGGGAUUUGGAUUUAAUGACCAACCAACAUACUGCUGAAUUAAGACGUCUAACAUACCUGGUCGAUGAUUUAAUAUCUAAAGUUCACAGUAAAUCAUACCCUGGACCUGAUAUCUCGGAGACAAGUAGUAGCAAAGUCGAUACCAAACGACAGGAACCCGAACUGAAGAAACAAAUUUCUAAUGAUAUUAACGAAAAUUUAUUAUUUAAAAGCAUUAAAAUGUUAAUCCAAUCAUUACAAGCUUGA